UUUGCCCUCAGCUCUCAACCCCCAAACCCGACCCGUUUGCCUCAACCCCCCAAGAUUGGGCUUAUCGACGGUCCCGCUCAUUCGGGUAGGAAAUUUGGCCGCGGUCCCGUCUCGAUCGCUCCCAAGAUCGUCCAACUACGCCAGAUUCCCCUGACCCCAACCCGCCUGCUUAGCCGAUAUCCACCAUCCCUCCAACCUCCGCGGUCAACGCGUCAAAUUCGUCGGCAGACUCUCCGGAUCGUCUGAACGGUCCUUGGAAUGCUCUGCGCCGGCUGAGCAUGGUCGGAAUUGAACAGACGAUGUCUGCGUCAAGUCAAAUACCCGGGUCCAGAGCCGGCCCCGGAAGCAAUAGUCGGCCGUCGAGCAAGGAUGGCCCCAAGAAGAACAUCUGGUCGUCCAUGCUGGACAGUGUCGCGAAUGGAAAGCGUCUGCCCGAGAAGAAUCUCCUUAUCUUAGGAGGCACGCCUGAAAGUCAAAGAGAAUUUCUGGACACAUUUGCGGCGGACUCGUCGGAUCCUAGCUUGUCAAACGACAAGCGAAAGGGGCGCCUGCCGCCCGUUGCCAACCAGUUCGCCUUGGGGUAUACAUACCAGGAUGUGCUGGAUGCCGAUCAUGAAGAUACCCUGGCGCGCGUCUCCGCAUACUUGCUCUCCGAGCCGUCCCUGUCGUUCGCACCCCUUCUCAAACCCCUCCUGACCCCUCAGUCGAUCCCGGAAACUCUGGUCGUGAUCCUGCUGGACUGGUCGGACCCCUGGACAUGGGUUCGGCGACUCCGGGAAUGGGUCCGUCUGCUCCGACAUGUGCUCAUAUCGCUCGACGACGAGACGAAGAUCGUGAUGGAGGAGAAUCUCACGGAGUGGAGGGACCGCAAACGAGGCAUGGAUCCGAGUUCGGGCGGCGCACAAGGGUUUACCAGCUCCGCGGGGCCUGUGACGAUACCGCUGGGACCGGGCGAAUGGGACGAGGGGCUGGGUAUCCCCAUGUGUGUGGUCUGCCAAGGGGCGGAUAAGAUCGAGAAGUUGGAGAAGGACCACGGAUGGCACGAAGAGCAGUUCGACUUUAUCCUACAGUUCAUGAGAACAUUACUAUUGAAGCACGGCGCGUCGUUGAUCUACACCACACCGUUCUUGGCCAACUCCCUCCAGAGCCUACUACACUCCUCCCUGGGCAUCCACUCUCUCCUCAAAAGACAAUCACUGAAGCACAACGUGAUCGACCGGGACAAGAUCCUGGUCCCAUCCAACUGGGACUCCUGGGGCAAGAUCCGAAUCAUCCGCGAGGGAUUCGACAUGGAAGGCGUAUCGACGGCCUGGUCGAUCGAGAUCCAAGACGCACCCGAGCAAUUCACCAACGGCGGCGGCGACGACAAAUCCGACGGAUCCAGCGCGAGCGCAAUGGACGACGGAACCAGCGCCGUGGCCAUCUUCGAGCAGACCAUCAUGGACCCCAAGCGGGACACAUCGAUGGCCCACCCCGGCGGCCACCAAAACGGCAACAAGGUGGAAGUGGAAACGUCUGACAUGCAGAGCUUCCUCACGAAGCAGCUCGAGGUGCUGGAGCAGCUGAAGGCCGACGACGAGAAGGACCGUUCGACGAAGCAGGCGCCCCAGCUGGAAAUGUCGCCGCUAGACGACAACGGUCGCGUCAACGAGCACAUCGGACCCGUGCAGUUCAACAUGGGAGGAAUCCAGGUCGAUGCCGAUGACAUGCUCCGCAAACUCAAGGAGCGCGAAGCCAGCCGAUCCCAAAGAAAGGAAACCAUCUCCUCUUCUGCCGGCGACGAAAAGGCCCACAACCAAGCCCUGGCGAAUUUCUUCGCCGGGCUGGUCAAGAAACCCGGGGCUAGUCCUCGGGGCAGCCCUUCGGCUUGAACUACUUACUUGUUGAGGUCAUAUUAGGAUUGGAAUGUAAUUUUAUUCACCUACAGUACAUAUUGGAUGAGGAUGAGAAUUAUGGGACGGAUAGGAGGAAAGGAGGCAGGACAGAGCAGGUUUGGGGAGGCUUGGAGACAACUCGUUCUCUCAUUGUUUGUGAUACCAGAAUGAAUGGCUUAGGCUGGAGUAGGAGUCAGAGAGAGAGAGAGACAAUGAAAUGACAGAAUAUGAUCUGGAAUAAUAGCAUCAUCAUCUACUGCUGUUAG